AUGAACUGGAGCAAGGGUGGCCCAAGUGGUAAGCGAGGGUUCGGGUUUGGAGGAUUUUCCCUUGGUGGUGGUGGUGGAGGAGGAGGAGGAGGAAAGAAAGAAGAACUGCGCGUGCCUCAGAAAUCCCACACGUCCUUCGGAGGCGCAGGGACAGCUGGAGGUUAUGGCAAGAACCAGCAACUCCCUGCAUUCUACAAGAUAGGAACAAAAAGAGCAAAUUUUGAUGAAGAAAAUGCGUAUUUUGAAGAUGAUGAAGAGGAGUCAAGCAGCACAGAUUUGCCAUAUAUCCCAGCUGAGAACUCCCCCACACGGCAACAAUUCCAGUCUGGAGGGGGCUCAGACAGUGAGGAUGAUCCUCUGGAUGCUUUCAUGGCCCAAGUGGAGGACCAAGCAGCUAAAGACAUGAAGAAACUGGAGGAAAAAGAGAAGGAAAAGAAGGUUGAAAAGGGUAUACGUGAUGACAUUGAAGAGGAAGAUGAACAAGAAGCCUACUUCCGCUACAUGGCAGAGAAUCCCACAGCUGGGCUGACCGCAGAGGACGAGGAUGAGAACAUAGACUAUGACAGUGAUGGGAAUCCCAUUGCCCCCACCACAAAGAAGAUCAUCAUGCCCCUGCCCCCGAUGGACCACUCUGAGAUUGACUACCCACCUUUUGAGAGGAACUUCUACAACGAGCAUGAGGAGCUUCUCAGCCUGACAGGCACAGAGGUGUUUGAGCUGAGACACAAACUCAACCUGCGGGUGUCUGGUGCCGCCCCUCCUAAACUCUCCACCAGCUUCGCCCACUUUGGGUUUGACGAGCAGCUGAUGCAUAUAAUCCGCAAGUCGGAGUACACUCAGCCAACACCUAUUCAGUGCCAGGGAGUUCCCAUUGCCCUGAGUGGGCGUGACAUGAUUGGCAUUGCGAAAACUGGUAGUGGCAAGACUGCAGCCUUCAUCUGGCCCAUGCUAGUUCACAUCAUGGACCAGAAGGAACUGGAGACUGGAGAGGGGCCCAUCGCAGUCAUCGUGUGCCCCACCAGGGAGCUCUGUCAGCAGAUCCACGCGGAGUGUAAGCGUUUUGGGAAAGCCUACUCCCUGCGCUCGGUGGCGGUGUAUGGAGGAGGCAGCAUGUGGGAGCAGGCCAAGGCUCUUCAGGAGGGGGCAGAGAUAGUUGUGUGCACCCCGGGUCGUCUGAUUGACCAUGUGAAAAAGAAGGCCACCUCUCUGCAGAGAGUGACAUACCUGGUGUUUGAUGAGGCAGAUAGAAUGUUUGAUAUGGGCUUUGAGUAUCAAGUGAGAUCCAUUGCCAGCCAUGUCCGACCUGAUCGACAGACUCUUCUGUUCAGCGCCACCUUCCGUAAGAAGAUUGAGAGGCUGGCUAGAGAUAUCCUGGUGGACCCCAUCCGCGUGGUGCAGGGAGACAUCGGGGAGGCCAAUGAGGAUGUGACCCAGGUAGUGGAGAUCAUGCCCAGUGGGGUGGAGAAGUGGGGCUGGCUGACCCGCCGCCUGGUGGAGUUUACCUCCUCUGGCUCUGUACUUAUCUUCGUCACCAAGAAGGCCAACUGUGAAGAGCUGGCCACCAACCUGACCCAGGAGGGCCACAGCCUGGGCCUGCUGCACGGAGACAUGGACCAGAGUGAGAGGAACAAGGUCAUCGCUGACUUCAAGAAGAAGAGUCUGCCCGUGCUGGUGGCCACCGACGUGGCAGCCCGUGGUCUUGAUAUCCCUUCAAUACGCACAGUAGUGAACUAUGACGUGGCUCGGGACAUCGACACACACACACACCGAAUUGGCCGAACUGGUCGUGCUGGAGAAAAGGGUGUUGCCUACACACUUCUCACCAGUAAAGACACAUCAUUUGCAGGAGACCUUGUGCGUAACCUGGAAGGAGCCAAUCAAAGCGUCUCUAAGGAGCUGAUGGACUUGGCAAUGCAGAAUCCCUGGUUCAGGAAAUCACGCUUCAAGGGCGGCAAAGGGAAGAAGCUAAACAUUGGAGGAGGUGGUCUGGGCUACAGAGAGAGGCCAGGAUUGGGAGCUGAAAGUUCUGGGCGUAGUGGUGGUGCUGCCAUGGGUAACUAUGAGGGCUACAGCAAGCCUACCGGAGCCAUGGGAGACCGCAUGUCAGCAAUGAAGUCAGCCUUCCAGUCUCAGUAUAAGAACCACUUUGUGGCGGCGUCUGGCAUGGUUCCUAAACUCACCACCAAGUCCAGUAGCUCUUCAGGCUGGACCAGCGCUGGAAGUCUGAGCUCCGUCCCCACCGGGGCCCCUGAGGGCCCAGACCGGCCCCGUGGGCCCCCCUCCUUAGCCAUGGCCCCUCCAGCAGCCCUCAGCAUGGGCACCAAGAUGGCAGGCUUCACCAGCGCUGGCUCCCUGAGCUCUGUGUCAGACAGCCAGGCCACUGCUCCUCAGGGGAAUACCGCCCCACCCUCACCCAGGGAAGGGCCCCGUGACAGACAUGGUGAUGACAGGAGUCGCCAUGGAGAUGGCCACUAUCGUGACAGGAGAGACAGGAGCGAGCGGCACAGUGGCGGGGGAGAGCGGGACCGCUACGGGGAGCGGGACCGCCACGCAGACCGUGACAGAUACGGGGACAAGGAUCGCCAUGGCAGCAGUGGGCGCCAUGGCGAUAGUCGUAAUGGAGAGGGAAGUAGAAGGGAGCGAGACGAUUGUAGAGGUGACAGGGAGAGUGGAGACAGGGCAGGGAGUGAAGGAAGGGGGGACAGAGCUGAGGGGAAAGGAGACCGAGAGGAAGACAGCUUUGCAGUCCCAGAUCCACCAAAACGCAAAAAGAGUAGGUGGGACAACUAAAGCACAAAACACAUCACCUGUAAAGCAACCAACCAACUGUUCUUAGAUGAGCAUGCCUAGUCUGUAGAUGCACAGCUGGUCAUUUCAGCUGAAACAUGCACAGAAUUUCAAGGGUUAAUGUGUGAACCGACCCUACUGUGCGGUCUAAAUGCAAGGGGAAAGAUAUGCUAUCCUGCAUUGGUUGGGGAUUCAGAAACAUGGCUCCUGAUUGUCAGCUUGUCUGAAGGAGUGUUGAGAUUUUGGAUAAAGUUCCACUCUACUGUGCAUGGAGAAAAAUCUACUGUAAAUAUACCAUCCAGAAAAUCUGUUAUGCAGUCCUGAAGCCACAGAAAACACCUGUGAUUUGAGAUGUCUGUUGUAUUCUUACGUCCUUUCUCACUGGACACCCCCCUGUCGUUCUAGUUUAACUCUUAGCCCUGAGUAACCCAAUAGCCCUAUUGGACUAAAUGUGAGUGUAUAUUAUCAACCCACGUUAAUGACAGAUCUCCUUUUUUAUUAUAAGUGUACUACUUCCUGUGAAUCCAUCUGUGUUUGUGAACUUUGCAGCUUGUAUUCACUUCUUAGUAAAGUGCCUCUGUGUCACUUAGGUGUUUUUUAUGCUUUUGAAAGUGGAGUGUAUGUAAAAAUGUAUUUGUUAAUUUUUGUGUGAGGCUACGCUUGAGUUCAUUCACAGGAGGAUGUCAAGUAUUUUUGAUUAAAAGAAAAUGGCUUUGGCAGUUUA